AUCCUCCCUUGACAUGGGCCACAUAGCUGCCAAGAUGAAGACGAAAGAGAUUGCUUCGCCGGUCAAGCAAUAUUGCUGUAAUCAUCCAAUGCUAAUUACCACAUAAUCACCCCUUUAUCUUGACUAAAUACACUCACAAUUCAACUACCAUAGCUUCUUCACCUAAAUAAAUUCAAAUGCUACCAUCCCCCCAUAUCCCGAGGAAUCAAUUUCCAAUCAAACAUGGCCACCCCAAACCUCUACAGCAGGGAAACCGAAGUAAAAGCCUUCGAUGAUACCAAAACCGGCGUUAAAGGUUUAGUCCAAAGCGGCAUUACUCAAGUUCCUAAAUUCUUCAUAAACCUCCAAAUUGAUCCACAACAAUCACUCAUCAACUCACACAACGCCCAAUUCGAGUUCCCAUUGAUUGACCUAGAAGGCGUCGGCGACGAUCCGAUCAAGCGCGAGGCCGUCGUCGACGCCGUUCGCGAAGCUUCCGGGACUUGGGGAUUCUUCCAAGUGAUCAACCACGGGAUUUCGGAGGCUGUAUUGGAGGAUAUGAUCGAUGGAGUGCGCCGUUUCUUCGGUCAAGACGAUGAAGAGAAGAAGAAGUGGUAUACUAGGGAUUUGAAAUCAAGGGUUGUUUACAACAGCAAUUUCGAUUUGUAUAGCGCGCCGUCGGCUAAUUGGAGAGACACUGUUUACUGUGAAAUGGCUCUGGAUCUUCCUCAACCCGAGGAAUUGCCCGCUGUUUGCAGUGAUAUAAUGAUUGAAUACACAAAACAAGUUCUGAAGCUAGGAAGAAGUAUGUUUCAACUACUAUCUGAGGCACUCGGUCUCAAGGCCGAUCACCUCGUUGACAUGAAAUGUGCAGAUGGGAUCGCUAUGUUGCUGCAUUACUAUCCGGAAUGCCCUCAGCCGGAGCUAACUCUAGGCACGAGCAAGCAUGCUGACAGCGACUUCCUAACGGUGAUGCUGACUGACCAAGUAGGAGGCCUGCAAGUCCUGUACCAGAACCAGUGGGUUGAUGUACCCUUUGUGGUAGGAGCUCUUGUGGUAAAUAUUGGUGAUCUUCUUCAGCUUGUAUCAAAUGAUAGGUUUGUUAGUGCUGAGCACAGAGUAUUAGUAAAUAGCUCGAGCUCGAGAGUUUCAGUCGCGUGUUUCUUCAGAGACCCUAUCUGGUCCAUGGAGCUCUACAGGCCGAUUGAAGAGCUCGUAUCGGAAGAUAACCCGACGAGGUAUAGGGCAACUACUUUGGCAGAGUAUAUCACCCACGUACACUCCAAGGGGCUGGAUGGAACUUCUGCUUUGUCACAUUUUCAAGUUUGAGAAGGUAGAAAUAUGAUGAAGAUGAUGUAGAGUUCAUUUUUAUCCAUGGUUUGGAUAGGCUGGAUUGCUUGGACAAAAAAGCAGAAACUCUUGGGUGAUGCCAAUUUAAGAUAAUGGGUUUACUUUGAGAAUCCAUCGCCGACCACCAGCACAAUGUCUAUGCCUUGGCCCUCGGCAAUACCACGAUGAAGCCUCCCAAUUCGGUUGGGCUAGAGUGGUCAAUGGUUGAAUCGUUUUGUGUUGUUAUCGUGUGGUUGUCAUGCCGGGUUUGCAUCGUUAUAUCGUGUCAUUGUUAUGUCUUGUCAAGUCUGUAUCUUUAUCGUGUUGUAUCUACUCAAAUAGAAUCGUAUAGUAAACAAAUUUGUAUCAUGUUUGUGUUUGAA